AUGCAGGCAAUGUGGUUCUCUGACUUUGACCGGGUCUCGCAAGGCUCCUUCAUUGAGGGCGAUGUGGCCUGGUUUUUGAACGGGAAGUUGAACGCCUCCGUGUGCUGCAUUGACCAGCAUCUCCCGCAUCGUCAGGAUCAAGUGGCUAUCCUGUGGGAAGGGGACGAGCCCGGGCAUUGUCGGUCAAUCACGUACAAAGAGCUCUACCGGGACGUAUGCCGGCUGGCGAACGCCAUGAAAGCCAUGGGAGUGAGGAGGGGCGACGUCGUCAUGCUAUACCUGCCCAUGGUUCCUGAGGUCGUGAUGGCCAUGCUUGCCUGUGCGAGGAUCGGAGCGCCUCACUCGGUGGUUUUCGCGGGGUUCUCGGCGGAGGCUUUACGGGACCGCAUCAACGAUACCAAUAGCAAGUGGGUCAUGACCACCGACGAAGGAAAGCGGGGGGGGAAAACACUGCCCUUGAAGCAAAUCGUGGACAAGGCCUUGAAGGAGGCGCCGAGCGUGCAACAUUGCUUUGUCUUCGAGCGGACAGGCGCGCCGGUGGACUGGGUGCCGGGGCGCGACGUGAAAAUGUCCGAGGUGAUGGCGCAACAGCGACCCUACUGCCCCGCAGAAACAAUGGACAGCGAAGAUCUUCUCUUCAUCUUGUACACUUCCGGGUCCACGGGGAAGCCCAAGGGCGUGGCCCAUACGACGGCGGGCUACCUGUUGUUCGCGGCCAUGACCCACAAGACAGUCUUUGACUUGCAAGAGGGGGACGUGUACGCCUGCGUGGCAGAUUGCGGGUGGAUCACGGGGCAUUCCUACAUCGUCUACGGGCCCUUGGUCAACGGUGCCACCACCCUUCUCUUCGAAUCGAUCCCAACCUACCCGAACCACUGCCGGUACUGGGACCUGAUCCAACGCCACAGGGUGACGCAGUUCUACACCGCGCCCACCGCCAUCCGGGCCUUGAUGCGGUACGGCACCGAGGACAUCGCCUCCUUUGACCGGUCCAGCCUGCGGGUCCUGGGCUCCGUGGGAGAGCCCAUCAAUCCCGAGGCCUGGAAGUGGUACUUCGAGCACGUGGGGAACGCGCGGUGCACGAUCGUCGACACCUGGUGGCAGACGGAGACGGGCGGGCACCUCGCCUCCCCCCUCCCCGGCGUCACCCCCAUGAAACCGGGAUCCUGCACGCUGCCUUUCUACGGGGUGGAGCUGGCCUUGAUCGACCCAAGCACGGGGCAGGAGCUGGCGGGGAACGACGUGGAGGGCGUCCUCUGCGUGAAACGGCCCUGGCCCUCCAUGACCCGGACCGUGUUCGGGGACCACGCCCGUUACUUGACCGUCUACAUGCAGCCUUACAAAGGGUACUAUUUCACGGGGGACGGCGCCCGGCGGGACGCGGACGGCUACUACUGGAUCACGGGCCGCGUGGACGACGUGCUCAACACCUCCGGGCAUCGGAUCGGCACCGCGGAGGUGGAAAGCGCAUUGGUCGGUCACGCUGCCGUUUCGGAGGCGGCCGUGGUGGGUUUUCCGCACGCGGUGAAGGGGGAAGGGAUCUGCUGCUUUGUCACCCUGCGGGAGGGCGUCUUUGAGAGCCCGGCGCUAGAGAAGGAGUUGAAGCAGGCGGUCCGGGACGCGAUCGGGGCCUUCGCCACGCCGGACAUUGUCUGCCCCACCCCUUCCUUGCCCAAGACGCGCUCGGGAAAGAUCAUGCGCCGCGUGCUCCGGAAAAUAGCCUCCGGAGAGUCGGACUCCCUGGGCGAUGUGUCCACGCUCGCCGACCCCUCCGUGGUCCCCUACCUGAUCACGGCCAUCGCGCUCAAGGUGAAGACAGCCUGAGGGGAGGGCGGGGGGAGCAGGAUGGCUCGUUUUCACUGUUUGCAAGUCCGGAUGUUGGGGAGGGGUCGGGAGGGGGG